AUGUGUCUCAAAAAGACUGGAAAAGAUGGCCAUCGAUGUAUUCUAGCAUUUGGAGUUCAGUAGGGACGGGGCUAUCGAUAAAAAUAACUCUCCAGUUAUACUUCGCACGUCUUUCUUCUAAAGUUUUAGUUUAUUAAUACUAGUGUAUGUGUGUGUAACCAAAGCGCGCUGCGUUUUUUAUGAGAGUUCUUAGCCGCUCGUCUUUUUGUGUACAUAUGUGUCUGUGAACAAAACGCAGCCCAACCAUAAAAAAAAAAACCAGAAAAGCACCUAACAGUUACACCACUGUCAUGCUGAUGCUGCCUCGCAAUUGUUGCACUUGUUAAGGGGUGCCACGAAGUGUCUUCGGAUAUGCUCGAGCGGGCCGAGAGGACAUAGAGCUACCACUAGACGACUGCACAGGCGAAAGGGGCAGCAGGGCGACGGACGCCCGCCUCUCCUGCAAUCAGGAACCACUUUGGAAGUAUUCACAGAGUCCGGCAUUAUCUGAAAAAUGUCACGUUCUCGAAACCAGGAGCCCAACGAGCCGCCCUACAGCGAGGGCGAUGUGGUGUGGGUGAAAAUACACAACACAGAGAUCUGGUGGCCCGGCGAAGUCACCUUGUCCCAGAACUUUCGAUUCGUGAAGGCCAGCCGGCCCCCCUUUGCCGUUGUUGCCUUCUUCAACGAGAAAACAUACGAGCAAGUCGCAUCAAACAAACUGAUUCAUCCCUUUGAAUGCUCCAAAAAGGAGGAGUUUAUCCAACGCGGCAUCCGAAAAGCCGAAGCUAUGAGCACGGAAAUGCGGGUCAAGUUCAAUGACGAUGUUGCGCUGGCAGAGUCCCGUAACCAUCAGCAACGGCUGAGUGCGCACGCCGUUGCGAGGCCGGACAGCCUGAUCAAGGCGCUCCUCUCGAGCAACAGCAGCAGCCAGAGCGGCAGCACUCGCAGCUCCAACGGGCCGUCCUCGACGCCCAAGCAGGAGUCCACGUUCCGUAUUAUGGACAUUGCGCGCACGGCCGACCCGGUCCCGGAGCGCUUCACGGAGGCCAGCUACGAGUGCAGCACGUGCAGUUUCCGCACCAGCAGCAUGAAUGUCCUGCUCAUCCACCGCCGCGGUCACCUGGAGUCCUCCAGCAAGUACAGCACUAGCAGCAACAGCAGCCAGGACGCCAGCACCAGCCCUAGUCAGAGCCCCAGCAGGCAGACGCGAUCGGCCAGACGCGCCAACACCACACACGAACUCGAUUCUCCCACACAUUACGGUAGGCGCCGCCGGGAGAGCAGCAACCACUUCCGUGUCCACUCGCGCCACGUCUCGAUUAUGGUGGACGCCUCGCUGGGCGACGAGGCCCAGCGGAGAGUGGCCUCUAUAGCCCAGAUCACGAUGGAGAGCAUCGAGCGUAUGGUGCGACCCAUAGUCAAUAACAACAGCAACUCCAGGGCGUCCUCGCCCCGCCGUGAAAGCUGCCAGAACCGCCGGAACCCCCGCAGUCAGCGCAUGAACAGGUUCCGCGCCACGAUGCCCGCCCCUGAUCAGGCACCGGCCAAGCAGCGCCGCUUCACGCGCUCCAUGACCCGUCGCCAGCAGGACUUUUCUCUAGCCGAUGGGCAGCCGCCAUCGCCGCCAACGCCAGCACUGCCACCGCCGCAAGCGGUUCCGCGGCGCAGUGGCGCCCGCGGCCUGGCUGUUGAAAGACGCCGCACCUUGGCGGCGACCAUCACCGAGCAGGCCUUGGCCGUGUCCAAGCGGGCCAGCCAGUCGAGGAAGUCGCUGUUGACAACAACCGUUCCAGUCCAAGUGCGGGAUCCCAUCACGCCUGAGCGCAGUGCCCCGAAAGCGAAGCGCCGCAAGAAGGUUGUCUCGAAGAUCGAGUUUUCGGACGCUGCUCCAGCAGUCGGCGAAGCAAAGAGCUCCGAAAACGUUGCCAGCAGCUCCGGAAACACACUUGAAGUACACUUAUUACUGCCGCAGAGCGAAGUCCUCCCCAAGGACUCGGCCCAAGGACCGGCAACAGCAACCGCAACAGCAACAGCAACAGGAAAAGCGCCGACACCAAAAGUAAACUAUUCGCAGCCGCUAUGCACAGACCCCCCUGCUGCCUCCUUGGAGCUUCAGCUGAGUCUGAUGGCCGAGUGGUGCGACGACGAGUGCGAGGAGCCCUUGGGUGGCUCAAUCGAUCCCAAAGCAACUAUGGAAAAAGCCCAGAACCGGGAGAAGGACGUGGAACAGAACAGGGGUGUCGCCGCCAAGAAGCGUAUACGCAACAUACCAAAGAAGGACCGGCGGGACGUGGUGCUGCAGGAGUUCCACGUGGACAGAAGGCUGGAGACGGGCGACGAGCCGAUCAUCAUUCAGGACAGCGAUGCCAGCUCCAACGAGAGCGUCGUUUUUAUUGAGGAUGAGGUUUCGUCGCGCGACAGAAGCAAUGGCAAUGACAAAUCGAAGGCCCACAACACUUCCUCGUCCUGCUUCGACUUCUCAGAGGAGGAAGACCUGCAGCAGCAGGAUGGAGCGAAUAGGUUAAGCUACAGACGUCACACCAACCGCCAUGAGGCCAAUAUCAAGGGCACUGGGGACACGGAAGAAGGUCACGUGUCGCCCAUCCCCGCAAAGGAAGCCGUAAAGCUUCCCCAGCCGGGACAAGCGGCGACCGCACGAGCCAGAUCCAAGGUCACUGCUUCCAAUGACGAUUUGUUCAAGGGCUUCGACGAUGCAGCAGUGGCCGCCGCAGCAGCAGACGCAGCAGCAGACGCAGCAGCAGACGCAGCGGCUAUCCAGGCCAGUCGAGCUGCCAAAACGAUCGCCGAUCAGGAAACUGUGCCUCGCUACGCUGAGCCCGAGCCAGAUGAAGCAGAGCUCGAGGCCGACCAGCUGAGCUUGCCCAUUAAGGAGCGCCAGAAGCGCAUUUUCAAGUCGCGCAACAAAUCAAUACAGGCAGCGCCGAAGGACGAAAGUCCUCCCACGUCGGAGUCCGCACUGGCUAGCGACGAGGAAGCCGACGAAGCCGAGGAGGCCGACGAAGCCGAGGGUGCCGGCAGCAACGGCGCCGCCUCUCUUCACCUGGACAAUGGGGGAGGAGCCUCUCCCCAGCCCCUCAAUAGCGGGUACACCAGCAGCACGAGCGACAGCAGCAGCAGCAGCGGCAGCAGCAGCAACAGCAGUAGCAACAGCAACAGCAAUAGCAAUAGUAGCGGAGAAAGCAGCAGCGGCAAACGUCAUCGCAGCAAGCCCAGGACGGAUCCAUCCCGCAGACAGCAGCGGCGCUCCAAGGCUCGGUUCAAGCUCAAGCCCGAGGCAACGGUCGAGGAACUUACCAACAUUUGUAGCCGGAACAGCAAUAACAUCUCCAACUGCAGCUCCAUAUCGAACACGAGUGGAAUUGCAUCGCCGCUGCUCAGCUCCAGCACGAGCUGCUCGAUUGCCUCCAACAUAGCGGUGAUCUCGGCGGAGGAGGCACGGGAGCUGCAGCGAACCGCGUCGGGGGCAGGCCUCAUUAAUGCAGCCAUUGUGGAUGCCACACAGCCUGUGCAGCGCGGCGGUGUGCUAAUCCUGGAGGACAUACGCCUGCCCAACCUCUACGAUCGCCUUCCCUUCGGCAGCCUACAUUCUUCGGACAGCAACGACAGCCGGCUGCAAAAGCCAAACCACGAGGAAGCGGCCGUCGAGGAGGAACAGUCGGGCGACACAGAUGAGCAGGAUUCGGAAGUCGAAGAACAAAGCGUACCUCAUGAAGCCAAUCGCCAACUGGCGGCCAAUGGCGUCAAUAUUUGCGAGCAGGUGCUGGCCGAAGACCACGGGGAGGAACCGCAAGAGGGGGAGCCUGGCCCAGAGCAAGAGCUCGAAUCUGAGCAGGAGCUUGAGUCUGAGCCAGAGCAGGAGCUGGAGUCUGAGCCAGAGCUAGAACCGAACCAGGAGAUAGACUCUGAGCCAAGCCAAGAGUCGGAGCCAGAGCCGGCGUCUGAGCAAGAGACAAAAUUGGCGGCCGCAACAGUACUAGAGCCGCGAGAGCCAGUGUCCUUUGUGCCCCAAAAGCGAGAGCUGCUUCUGAAGAAGAGAGAGCAAGAGCUGCUGCGCCAAUACGAGGCUGAUCUGGUUAGCGGACGGAGCGUUGAGAAGUGCCGAAGGGCGCGGGAGCGCUGGAGCCAGGUAGUACAAUCCACUGGGGACUCGUCUCAAGAUACAGAUGAGGACCAGCCACUGAAGUCAGUGUCUCCGGACGUGGAAGCAGGAACGCCCGAGGAGGACGAAACUAGUCAAGCAGAACAGGAGCCAUCGCCCUCAGAUGUGGAGACGGAGGAGUCCGAUGUGGAGAAGCCAUCCGCGCUGGACACUCAAAUCGAUAUGAGCCUUAUAGAGUCGGUGAACUCGUUACUAGAGCCUCAGCGCCAGCUCGCCUCAGGAGAGCUGGUGGUGCCAUCGGAGCUGUCGCUCCUCGCCCGGCGCCCCAGCAGCCAUUCCCGUGACGAUUCAUCAGUUACCACCUCCGCCACCGCCACCACCACCACCACCACCACCUCCCCGUCCAAGGGCAGGGCCCUGAGCUUUGCCCAGAUCUUGUGCGACGACGAUGUGGCCAAAGCCCACCAGCAGCUGGAAGACCUCCGUGACGCCUCGCAGCGCCGUCGCUCCAGCUCGUUGCCCAUGCCGCUGCUGCAGCUUGGGCAGCGCCGCCAGCGUCGACGCUCGCGUAAUGUGGGGAGCGACCCCGUCGAGACGUCGUGCGAUCGGAAGGAGCAACAGGAGAGUCCAGACAACCCGCCCCAGUUGUCCUCUGGACGCAUCUGUGCUGUGAUGACUACUCCCAUACCGGGCUACAAUCACACAUUUAUGCUGUGCUCGCUGGCCAACAACAACUUCAUGCCGUUGAACAACGUGGCGCUGUACCUGGACAGCGAGAAGAACCACCUGGUGCCGGUGCCGCGAGAGGCGUUGCGUGAGCCACCGCGACUAGCAGACGGACAUCCGAUGUCGGCUGUAUUUGCGGACAUUGACUUCCGCGGUGGCCAGGCUGUGGCUCAGGUAGUGGAUCCGGCGGACAUGGAGAUGGAGAUGAGCGUGGACUUUGAGCAGAACAGCGACGAGCCGUUCGACUCCCUGGAGCAGCAGGUCUCGGUGGAGUCGUCGGCGCAAAUCGUCAACAGUCACUCGGAAGAGACCGCCAACGAUAACAAGCAGGUGGAAAUACUGGGCAUCAUGACGCCCCUAAGCCAAGUGGCCAGCUUCGGUGGGGCCCUCAAUGUGGACGAGGAGCUGUCGCUGCACGAGGACCAGCUGGAGCCCAACGUACUGCAUCUAAAUGUCAACGGGCAUCGCCUGGAACUGGACCCUUCGGUGCUUUUCAGCAUUGCGGAACAGCCAGACUCUUGCAUCGAGCUGAAUGUUACUGAGACUGAUGCCAGCGGUGGCAGGGCCGUGCUGCAUGCCCGCGAUAUACUCCAAGCAGCUCAGGCGUAUCUGCAGGAGCGCGACUUGCAGCUGGUCAACGUGGAAGACAUGACCUUGGACGAGGAGGAAGUCGGUGGAACAGCGGCCAUGACAGUCCCCGCCACAGACCUGCUGGCCGAAGCACUGGCGGACAGCCAAGUGGUCAACGAGAUCGAUUAUGUCAACGCAGCCAACGCCAGUGUGGCUUUGCUACACAUAGAGACACGCACCUCCGCCGCUGGCCUCAUGGACGUUGGCGACGACGGACCCGAGGGCGUCGUGUUCGUCUCACACGUGCUGCCGCCAGCGCCUGCCCACCUCACGCCACCAAUCACGGCUCGCACCAACGAAACGAAUGCGCUCCUCAACCAGACGCCUAUUAUGUCCACGCUGGAGAAUCCGAGCGCUGUGCCGCUGAGCUGCGUCUCACCCCUCGGCGAGGUUAACCUGGAGGACAGUUUGGCCGUCAUCGGCGUCACAAACACCAAUGGCAUACCCACCUCCCUGGAGCUCCCAAUCACCGUCACGAAUCCGGCUAUAGCUCCCCGCGUGACAGCCCCCAUCCCAGAAUUAAUGCGAUUCGCCCCCUUUCAGUAGGGCGAUAUGUAUGUCGCAAAGACGUCGUUUUUUUUCACCCCCUAUUUGUGUUUUUUUUGUUCAUACAGAUAAGCGUUUCUUGUAGCCUUAGUAGAUGUAAUGGAAGCAUUUUAUGUUGAGCGUAAAAGAGAGGGAGAUACACUUAUUUUGUAACCUUUUGCUAGUUUAAUUCAACAUAAAGAAGCGAUCAAAUUGUGAUGUGGCACAGCACAUACAAUCUCGAUGUAUCUGCAUGAGCACGCAUGGAAUAGUUCCCUAACCUAAGGUUUUCGCCUUGACAACGUUUCCCCAUUUACAUUGCAAACUACAUUGUAUGUGCAGCAAAAUAAGAAUAAUACACUAGCAAGUAAGUUAUAUAGUGGACAUUUUGUCGCAGAGACGGCAGCAGUAUGCGAAAGAAGAAGCAGCGAUUUCGUAGUAGGAUUAUUAUGCUCCGAUCCGAGCACCCACAUGCAAUAAGCAAACAGCACAUAGACCAUAUAAGAUAAUAGUUAGAAGAUAGUAAUGUACACAACUGAACUCCAAGCGAAAUUUAUAUUUUAUAUAUUACGUCGCAUACGUCGAUUGACAAAGAAAAAUGAAUGUGUAAACUAAAUCCCGCGAAGCAUAUUGCUUUGACCAGGCAACGAACUAAAUAAAGCCAGCAUAAUCCAAACA